UGCUCCAUCCCUGAGAUGCUUAAUCAGCCAGAAUUUAGUAACAGCUUCUAACAUUUCCCAACCACUGAUCUUACACCAAAUGACCCGGGGCUUCCUGAAUUGAAGGGCACCUCGGCCUUUUCCGCGUUUAUUUCGGACUCCCAGCAACUGCCGGCCGAGUAUCAUCAUCGGGGAGGGGGAGAGGGUGAGCACAGGAAACCAAACCGAGCUGACGGCGGGAUGACAGACUGGGGAGUCACGGUCUCAGUGUCUGCGUCCCCGGCUGCAAAGGUCUCCACCCACCGUGGGGGGGUGAGCCACUUCCCGCAGAACAGCUCUUAGUCGCAGCGCAAAGCCUCCCGCGAACGCAGAAGGCGAGCAGCGUCGUGAGAGAGAAGCCGGCCCGCGAUGGAACUCGUCGUUACCGGGCUGAUCGUCGCACUCACUCUGGCCCUGCUCCUGUAUUCCCGCCGGAGCAAAGCGAAGCCGAGCAGGCUCCCCCCGGGUCCUCCCGCCCUCCCGUUUAUCGGCAACUCGCUGCAAAUAGAUAAACGAGCUCCGGAUCACUCUCUCAUCCAGCUGGGCAGAAAGUACGGCCCCGUGUUCACCGUCUGGCUUGGCCCACGUCCUGCGGUGGUGCUGUGCGGCUUCGAAGCCGUGAAGGAGGCCCUCGUCAACCAGGCAGAGGAUUUUGGAGCCAGGGGCACAGUCCCCUCCAUCAGGAAAGUCACGAAAGGAUAUGGGAUCGCCAGCAGCAACGGGUUUCGAUCCCGCCAGCUUCGCAGCUUCGCUAUCUCGGCCCUGAGGGACUUUGGCAAUGGCUCCAGGAGCCUGGAGGAUUUCAUCCAGAAAGAAGCAAAGUGCCUGGUGGAGGUCUUCAAGAAGACUGGAGAGUCGCCCUUUGACCCCACGUUUCAGCUCAACUCUGCCACGGCCAACAUAAUGUGCGCCAUUGUCUUUGGAAAACGUUUCGAGUACCAGGAUCCGGAGCUGCUCACUCUCCUGAGGAUGAUUGAUGAGAACAUGAAGGUCAUCAGUAGCCCCUGGGGGCAGUUGUAUGAUCUGCUUCCAAACCUUCUGGACCACCUGCCAGGCCCACACAACAGGCUUUUCGAAAAUGCGGAUAAAAUUAAAAACUUCCUGAGAGAAAGGAUCCAGCUUCGCAAGAACGCGCAUGCCAAAGGCCAGAAUUUCAUCGACAGCUUCCUCCUCAGGAUGAAGGAGGAAAAAGAUAACCCAAGGUCAGAGUUCAACGACGAGAACCUUCUCCUGUCCACUUUCAAUAUAUUCCUCGCUGGGACUGACACCACCAGCUCGACCAUGCGGUGGGGCCUCCUGCUCUUCUUGAAAUACCCAGAGGUACAGGAAAGGGUCCAAGGUGAGAUCGACCGGGUGAUCGGGAUGGAGCGCACACCGUGUAUCGGAGACAGAGAGAAGAUGCCUUACACGAACGCAGCCAUCCGCGAGAUCCAGCGCUAUUCCAAUAUUAUCCCACUCAACCUCCCCCACACCGUCACAAAAGAUACAGAGUUCCGGGGAUUCCUGAUCCCAAAGGGAAUGAUCGUGAUCCCACUGCUCACGUCCGUUUUGCACGAUCCCUGCUGCUGGGAGACUCCGGAAUCCUUCAACGUGGAUCAUUUCCUGGACAAGAGGGGACAACUGAAGCACAAGGAAGCCUUUCUGCCGUUCUCAAUAGGGAACCGAAUGUGUAUCGGCGAGGAGGUGGCCCAGACGCAGAUCUUCAUCUUCCUAACCACCCUGCUGCAGAACUUCACCAUCCGCUCCCCGCUGGAACCACCUGCCAUCAAUGUCAAGCCCCUGUCGAGCGGCUUCUCAACGCUGCAUCACCCUUACCAGCUGUACUGUGUUCCUCGCGAGCCGGUCAGAGGGCCAGCCAGGGAGUGACGCUUGGAGACGUCCCAACCCCACAAAACCCUCCAUUAAAUCUCACCGUGCGACAAAAGGAAAGCACCGGAGGUGCUGGAAACACCCAGUGGCUCAGGCGGAGUUUGUGGAGAGAGUAUCUCUAGACCGUGGGCAGGUCACAGGGAACUGGAAGAUAGCAAAUGUCACACUUAUUUACUGCCCGUUACUCUGCUGGCAGGCGUUUAGGGCAUUAAUGAAGGUCCUCCAUCUCUGGCGGUGUUCAGGGCUUCCUUCAUCACGUCAGUAGCUUCCUCUCGGUUUUCAUUACUGUCUGUCAUCCCAGUCCCGGGUGGAGACUCAGGAAUACCGUCACACUCAGAUGUAGAAGGAUUCUCCAUUGCUGUUUCCGUACCAAUUUUGUUUGACCAGUCAGGCUUGUUGGCCCUGAGCUGAACCCCCGAACCUGGAGGGCCGGUGGACCACUCUUAGUCUGACCUCUACCCUUUGACCUGUUUGGCACAGGCGACCCUACCAAGAGCCAAAGCAUAAAAAAGGCCCUGGCCCCAGCCAGUGUAGCUCUCCGACAACCGUCAGAGAGAUCUUGGCCUCCACCCACUCUACUACAGACACACCCUUUUCUCUCCUUUUUUUGCCUCUCCUGCAAAACAAAACAAGAUUUUAUUUCUCCCCGUUUUAACAGUUCCGAUGAAAGGUCGUCAGUCAGAAAUGUUUCUCCACCCACUGAGAGUUUCCAGCAUUUUCUGUUUUCAGUUCAUAUCUUCAGCAGCUGCAAUAUUUUGUUAUUUGUUUAUUGUAUAUUGAUCUGUAUUUUAUUGGCUAUUUUUGAGAUGUAAAUAUUAAAAUACACCAUGUCUUUGGUUAUGUACGUAAGACAUUUUGGAAUUAAAUUUGAAGAGGAAAAUCA